AUGUCGAGUUCUUCUGCUGAAGGUUAUUCAAAUCUUCGCAAGCGUUUCUCCUCAAAACACGAGUAUCAAGCCGAGAAAUCCGUGAAUGACUGGUCUACUAAGUCCGAACGUGGUUCACUGGAUGAUGAUGAUGAGAGACUAGUCUUGAAAAAACCGUUAAGUAAGGUACAAAAAGCCUUCAAGUUCGGUCUCAUUCCCCUUGCCCUUACUGCUGCUGCAUUCUUCGUUCGUUUUUGGAAAAUUUCCGACAGCAACAUUGUCGUUUGGGAUGAGGCUCACUUUGGCAAAUUUGCUUCGUACUAUUUGAAGCGUGAAUUCUAUUUCGAUGUCCACCCUCCUUUGGGAAAGAUGUUGAACGCGUUGGCCGGUUAUUUGGCCGGCUAUGAUGGUCAAUUUGGUUUUGAGUCUGGUGCCGCGUACCCAGAAGGUAUGAACUACAGUUUCAUGCGUUAUUGGAAUGCCACAUUUGGUGCGCUGUGUGUCCCUCUCGUGUACUUUACUUCCCUGAAUUUUGACUUUUCUACCCUCGCAGCUACGUUGGCAUCUUUAAUGGUUUGUCUGGACAAUCACUUGGCAACUAUUAGCCGUUUUAUUCUUCUCGACAGUAUGCUUCUUUUCUUCACCUUUGCUACCUUCUUUUGUCUUUCUCGCUUUUACGUUUUUCGUAAGGCACCCUUCUCCUUCCGUUGGUACAAAUGGAUGUUCCUCACUGGUGUGUGUAUUGGUUCCGUGACGAGUGUUAAACUUAUUGGUUUGUUUGUCACUUCUGUUGUUGGUAUUUACACUAUUGAAGAACUUUGGCGCUUCUUGGGUGACCGUCGUAUGAAAACGACCACUUAUGUCCAUCAUUGGAUUGCCCGUAUUGUCUGUCUUAUCAUUGUCCCCAUUUCUGUCUAUAUGUUGAGUUUCAAAGCUCACUUUAUUGUUCUGAGCAACAGUGGUCCUGGUGAUGCACAAAUGCCCUCUUUGUUUCAAGCUCGUUUAAACGGUUCACCUAUGGCCGAUAACCCCAUUGACCUCCUCUAUGGUUACCAUCAUAAGGAUGAUAACAACAAUUGGUAUUUCUUCCCUCCUCACGGUCCAAGUCGUUACUUCCCCGAGCAAGAUGACUCUUUAACUCCAAUUGUUCAUGGCUCCCUGGUCCGUAUGUUCCACCCUGCCACCGGACGUAACCUUCACACUCACAGUGUACCUGCCCCUGUUAGCUCUGGUCAAUAUGAGGUUUCUUGUUACGGUAACUCUACUAUCGGUGAUGAAAAGGACUACUGGAUUGUUGAGGUAGUUGAGGACACUUUGACUGGUAACAAGACUGGUGUCCAUGCUCUUUCCUCUGUUAUCCGCUUGUACAGUCCGGUAAUGAAGUGUUACUUGGCUAUGGAUAAGGCGAACCUUCCUUCCUGGGGUUUCUCACAACGCGAAGUUACUUGUGACCCUAAUGCCUCUCCCAAAGAUGUACGUACUCAUUGGAACGUUGAGGAGCACUACAAUCCCCGUCUUCCUGCCGCUCCCAAGGACUUUAUUCACUUGAACCGUGCCAUGCUCGAAACAAACAACGCUCUUGUUCCCGACGACGACAAGUUUGAUGCUCUUCGUAGUGAAGCCUAUCAAUGGCCUUUCCUUCUCGCUACUUUGAGAAUGUGUGGUUGGGGUGAUAACCAAAUCAAGUACUUGUUGAUUGGCAACCCAUUCUCUUACUGGCUGUCCACUGCAUGUAUUGGUGUCUUUUUGCUUCUCUGCGUUACUUACUUCCUUAAAUGGCGCAGACAUACACUCAAAUUGACCUCCACUGAAAUUGAGAAGUUCCGUGUCGCCGGUAUCUAUCCAUUUUUGGGAUGGUUCUUCCAUUACUUCCCCUUCUUCAUUAUGGGUCGUGUUCUUUAUGUACAUCAUUACGAGCCUGCCUUUGCAUUUUCAGCUAUUACUGCUGCGUUCACGAUCGAUUGGUGUACUCGCAAAAUGCCGUGUGCUGUGCGUUUUGUUAUCUUUACCAUUUUGUACGUUGCUAUCAUUGCUGUCUUUGUUUUCUUCAAAGAUGUUACCUUUGGUAUGCACGGUCCAGCCUCAGACUUCCAUCGCCUUCGUUGGUUGAAGUCGUGGAAUGUUCAUGACUGA